AUGACCGCCUACCACCUCCCCCACUCCCCUCAGAACCGGGUAUUGGACAGGUUCAGCACGCUCCCCGACGACGCAGAAGGGGAGGAUGGCCUGGUACCUUUGUGGUCGCUCCUCCUCGCCCUCCUCGACCGGGACGUCACCACCGCCAAUGAAGCCAUCGACCUCCUGGGCGAGAUUGCCGUCCUCCUUCGCGACAAGUCAGGCGACUACACUACUCUCCGGAAUGUGUUACCGGGAUACAUGUCGUGCUGGCCCAAGAUCGUCGGCCACGCCCGAGCCCUCUCCACAUUCGAACCAACCCUGCCCCUCCUGGUACCUGGCGAGACACGCAUCAUACCCCGCCCACACCUCCAGAGCAUGGUUGCGCACCAGUUUCUCACGACACUGAUGCGUCCGCCACACCGCCCCGAUGAGGAGAACGGGUGGGCAGAUUUCGAGAUCUGGUAUCAUUCGGAACUACCACACCAAGCCGCGGCGGAGAUGUAUCUCGCCGGAGUACUCACGUUCCUCGGCAAGGACGCAGAUGGAGAUGUCCAGUUCGACUUCCGAGCUCCGGUAUCGCCACAUCUCGACGUUCCGAUGGCGCCAAUCCGUAUCUCCCUGAUGGAAGAGUACGUCGCGCCGCAUCCAGAUGCCAUGGUCGUCUCCGCAAACCAGGUUAUUGGUUUCGGCCGCUCCGCAACCCAAGAAGAGAUCUAUUUCGGUUGUGCCCCGGAGGUCUGCCCCGCCGUCCUCUUCGUUCCCCCUCUCGGAGCCUCGGCACUCAUCAUCUCCUCCGUCUCGCCCACAUUGCGAAUCAGGGGUGCGCGUCGCCAAAUCUCGUCGGAAAUCGCGACCCAAACGCCCCACACUUUUGUGCUCAUGGACGCGCUCGAGCUCGACGAGGCAGAUUCGGGAGAUCUUCAUCCAGACAAUAUGGACCGCGAAAUCGCCAAAGCGGCCACGGCGUUUGGCGGGGUUGGCGGGGUUGAUGGGACUGGCGGGACUGGUGGAUCUGGUGGGCCGCGCCGCAUCGCGACGCCAGCAUGGGGCUGCGGCGCGUUCUGCGGAGAUCCAGGCGUCAAGCUCCCCCUCCUGUGGAUCGCGGCGUCAAGUGCUGGUGUGAGUCUGGAGGUACUCGUCGACCCACCUCACCAUGUCGUUGCGCGCGCGUUUGAGCGUUUCGUCAACCGAUGGGAAGGGACUGCGGCCGAGUUGCGCGCGCGCUUGGGUGCGAUCCCUCCAUGCUCGGGCGAGGAUGUACUAGCCGCCCUUUGA